AAGAAAAAGAAACAAUUGCUAUGAUUUCGUGAUUUUUCUUUUCUAAUUUCCGGUUUCUUCCGAGUUUAGGAGCAUCAAUUAUUGAAAUUUUGAGGUUCGUUUAAGAUCUCUGUCUAUAUUGGCAUAACGGGAGUCUUGUUUGAUUCUAGGGUUUUAAGAAGAGGAAUCUGUGAGACGUAAAAUCGAUGGAAGACGAAACAACGGGGAUUACGAUAAAAAAAAAGGGUCGGUGUCUUGAGUUAGAAGAAAGGGCUUUAAAAGCCGAGGGAAAUUGCUCUGGUUUAGAAUCAGAGUUACAGAGACGGAAAACAGAGUUUGAAUCACUUGAAUUGCGGUUCAAGGAAUUGGAAUCGGAGAAGAUAGUAGUGGAACAAGAUUUGAGGAAUCUGAAAGAAUGUGAGGAAGAUUCCUUAAUUAAGCAGAUAAUGGUGAACAGAGCAUUGGAGGUUGAUAAACAGGUGGCUGAGAACCAAGCCGAGGAUUGGAAGAGAAACUUUGAGAAACUCUCGGAGACGGUUCGAAAGUUAGAUGAAAUCGGCGCUUUAAGACAUGGAGAAUUUGAAUUAGAAUCUCUGGAUGAGGAUGUGAAGCUAGGGUUAGAGUUAGCUAGGAUCAAGUCGCCAACACAAAGAAAAACUGAAUCUUUUGAAGUGUACGAUGAUGCUCUGAGCAGGAAAGGAUUAACUAAUCAUCAAAUCUCAGGUUCACUUUACAUAACCACACCGGCUAAAGACUAUACGGUGGGGAGAAACAGAGAUAACUUGUCUUCUCGUAGACGACAAGUAAAGAAGGUGUUGGUGUUUGAAGAGGAGAAAAGUGUUGGUCAGAGCUAUGAAGAUGAAGCUGUAGAAGAUGGUGAAGCUAACACAGGAACUCCUCUCGGUAGUCGUAAGAGGAAACGUCUUAUUAGUAGUGAUUCAGAAAAUGAUAUCUUUUCAAGACUAAGGAGGGACAAGAGUCUCGAGAAAUGGGAGUACGUGACGGAUAUGCGGUCAGAUUUUCGUAAAGAUGCAGAGCUUUGUGAUGCUGGAGAUGGUUUCGAGACCUAA